AUGAAACAACAGAAUCGUAUGGGAAUGUGGCAAAAGAAUUUACGCAUGAUCAGUCAACUUCUAAUAGUAGCCAUUCUCUAUAUGGGUGUCUAUAUACCAUCGGGUAUUAUCCUAUUUAUGAGUGAUUAUUCCGAAAAUGCUCGAUUUCAAGCGUGGACUUACGCUGUGAAAAUUCGUUAUUUAGUUCAUGUGAAAUAUUUGGUCAUAUUUGGAUGUCCAUUCGUGAUAUUCGCCGGUCAAACGGAAAUGCACGAACGCCUGAGAAAAGCAUUUCGUCGACCAUGGCGAUGGCAUGCACGAAAGAGAACACAAGUGUUCCCAUUAACAAAUUCAAAUCUGGCAUGUACCGGAAAAAAUAUAUUCACUAAUUCUUGA